AUGGCAGCGAACAAGGACUCGUCGGCGGACUGGUGGAAGAGGCACCCUGAGGCGUACGGCUCUAUCGCCGCUGUCCUCGGCGUGAUUCUCAUCUGCUGUGUUUACGUCUUGUGGCGCGGCCCGAAUCGUCGACUGUGGUGGUGGAAGAAGAACGACCCAGACAUGCCGGAGGGCAUCGAAGGAGGCAACAAGAAGCUGCAUCCCUCGCAGGAGACGUUCUACAGCGAGCCCGGCACGAUCCGCACCACCAGCGACAAGCCGAUGGCUACCACGACGCCGCAAGACACAUUCUCUCGCGACGGGUCCGCUGUCCUGCCUAUUCGCAAGUCUUCGCUGUUCACCAUUAAGCAGGCGCGCAAGGUCGCUGCAGCUGUCAAUCAAAAUACACCGCCUGUCCCGACGUACAGGCCGACGAGUAGUGGCCCUGUUUCACCAAACCCUCGUCAUACCAAAGACUUCAGAGACUCGAGCAUCCCUGCAGGACCACUGCCGCCAGGUGCUGCGCCACCGUCCCCUUCCGGUGGCGCUCGUGCACCCAGCCGUGGUAGCCAGUCCCUGAACGCACCUGGUCAACGUUCUAGCAGCGUGCCCAGCAGGCGCUCAGUCACGAGCCCUGUCUCUGGCAUCUCUGACUUUGGCGCCAUGCCUGGCAGCCCGUCGUACCAGACGUACCCGCCGCCGCUUCCUUCGCCUCCGCCCGCGUUCGCGCCGAUGAUGACCAAGACGCCUCCACCAGGAGCGACUUCCCCGCCGUUGAGGGCUUCAGCGACCAUGCCGCCUCCGGGUGCUGCGGCCUAUCCCGUUGGCUCAUCCCCGCCCGUGUCCCCUCAUUUGUCCGCUCGUCCCUUGUCCCACCAAAGGGUCGUGUCGCCGUCAGGCAGCUCGGUGUACAGCAAUGGGAUGCUCAGCCCUGCUCCGCCCUCCCCUCAGUCUUCGGUCUCGGGACACGCCGCCUCCCAGCGACUCAGCGGCCAGCAGCUGCCUUACAGCCACCCGCAGACUCUGAACGCGCUCGCCGGAAACACGCUCAGUCCCCAUCUUGCAACUGGUACCGCCGCGUCCCGACACGCGAAUCGAUUGUCCAGCCGAUCCGCCAAGUCUGCGACGAGUAUUACUCCUUCCCCGUUGGCCCAGAGCAUGACCGGCAAAGAUCUAGGGCAGGACGAUGAUGUCUAUGCGUCUGAGUUUGGCGCCGCCAUCGAUUCGAGGCGCAACCAGCACCGCUCCGUCACCUACGUCCCUCACCCCGAGCAGGCCGCCCGCGUCCCCACUACCUACCCCUCCAGUUCCCCGCCACGCCCGUUGAUGCGUGGUGGAGAAGCAAUCUAG